UUGGCUUGAAGCUUGGGAAAUUCACUCCGUUGCUAAAAUUUCUUCUAAACGUUGGUGCGCUCCGCACGAAUACAGUCGUUUGAUCGAUUUUCACACUUUUCGUUUCUAGAUAAAUUCGGAGGGGAACAUCGUAUAAUGAUCAUAAAACCUUAUCAAUUUUUAUCAGUGUGGAAUCCGGCAUCUUGAGCUUAUCGGCGGCUCUAAUUAUAGCCGGUUCUGUAUCAGUUCGGGGGACCUCUGGGCCGCGGACCACCCCACGCCAGCCCCUGCGGGAGAUCUGCUGCCAAUCCGCGAUCCAGAAACGACCUUUAACGCCCUAGCCCAGAGAGCCGAAGCUUUCUGGCUUCGGAUUCUCCGAAGAAAGCUCUGGCCGGCGAUUAUUGCCUCCGAUAAGGUGUAAACACCACAUCCAGUUCAGUUCUGCCAGCGAUCCCCUGCACUCGGGACGGAACUUUCCACGACGGAAAACAUUGACAUUCGAUAGCAAUCAGCAUGUGGGCAGAUCUCGCGGGCAAGGUAAUCCUGGUGACCGGGGCAGGAGCCGGAAUCGGCCAGGCUCUGGUCAAGCAGCUGGCCUCCGCGGGCGCCACCGUCGUCGCGGUGGCCAGGAAGGCGGAGCAGCUCGAGGAGCUGGUGGCCUUCGACCCGGUGCACAUCCAGCCCCUCCAGUUGGACCUCAGCGGGUGGCAGGCGGUGCGCGAGGGCCUGGCCAAUGUGCCCCUGCUGGACGGACUGGUCAACAACGCCGGUGUGGCAGUCAUCAAGCCCUUCGAGGAGCUCACGGAAGAGGACUUCGACGUCCACUUCGAUGUGAACAUCAAGGCGGUGUUCAACGUCACGCAGUCCCUGCUGCCCCGCAUCAGAGACGGAGCCUCCAUCGUCAACGUGUCCUCGAUCGCGUCGAGCCGGUCCUUUGGCGGGCACACUGCCUACAGCGCCACCAAGGCGGCCCUGGACUCGCUCACAAAGUCGCUUGCCUUGGAGCUGGGUCCGAGGAAGAUCCGCGUGAACUCCGUCAAUCCCACCGUGGUGCUGACCAAAAUGGGCGCGGACAACUGGUCGGACCCCGCCAAGAGUGGACCGCUCCUGGCCCACAUUCCGCUGAACCGGUUCUGCGAGGUGCAGGAGGUUGUGGACGCCACCGGCUAUCUGUUGAGCAGCAAGUCCAGCUUCGUCAACGGCCACCACAUCCUCCUCGAGGGAGGAUACGCUGUUUCUUAAGAUUCUUGGACUCCUGGAACUCGAUGAAAAUACAUACAACCCAUAUACGAUAGCCGCUCGAGUUUUCUUUGAGUUGACUGAAAGUUGACUCAAACUAGUGUUCUAGCUCUAGCUUAAACUUUUGAAACGGAUCCCGAUUAGUUUUGAUUUGCAGUCCGUACGCUUGAUUUAUUUUUCGAAUAACAGCUCUGAGACACCUUAAUUCGAGUAGCUUACAACCCCAAAAAUAAAACCCUUAGCACACAUUA